AUGGUGGAGAAGGAGUGUCUCGCCAUCCGAUGGGCGGUCGGCGCCCUUCGUUACUACCUGCUGGGUUGCAUGUUCACCGUCUAUUCCGACCACGCCCCCCUCCAUUGGCUCCACCGCAUGAAGGAUGUCAACGCGAGGAUUACCCGGUGGUACCGCGUGUUGCAGCCCUUCAACUUCCGGGUCGUGCACAGGCCUGGGGCGCAGAUGGCCGUGGCGGACUUCCUCUCCCGUUCCGGGGGAGGGGGGGGGGAGGGAGUUGGCAGCCGGAUGUGCCCCCGGCCUCUGUCGGGCGGUGGGGGUGACCUCUCAGUCGUGACCACCCCCGUCAGCGACGACAACAAUGGCGAGCUGCUUUCGCCGCCGUCGCCCACCAAUCAGAUGCCGGCGCCCAGCGUCUUCGCGGUGGGAAGCGACGCCCCCUCGCCGGAGACGGGCCUCUCCACGCCCGCCAGCGGUGGCGACGGGGACGACGAGGACCUCCCGCCGUCUGGCGGCACCCGUUGCCAAGGUUACUACGACGUGAUGGGCCAGUGGGACCCGCCCUUCAACUGCAACGCGGGCGUCUUCCUGUACUGCUGCGGGACGUGCUUCUACCGCUUCUGCUGCCAAUUCCGCCAGCAGCGGCUGGACCAGAGCAUCUGCUCCAACUACGACACGCCCAUCUGGGCCAACACCGGCAAACCGGUGGCCGCCGUGACCGAGGGCCAGGGCGGCCAGGACAGCGACCGCACCCACCUCAUCGUGUACAUCAUCUGCGGCGUGGUGGCCGUCAUGGUGCUGGUGGGCAUCUUCACCAAGCUGGGCCUGGAGAAGAGCCGGGGGGCCGGGGGGGGCGCAGGCGGAGCAGCAGGAGGAGCAGGAGGGAUGGGGUACGCCCACCAUGACCUAAGCAACACCAGGACCCUGACGGAGCUGCUGCAGCAGCCCGGGGGCGAGGUGCCGUCGGCGGGCAGCGCGGCGGGCGGCUCCCCCACCGGCCGGAGGGCCAACGGAGCCUCCAAGAUGCUGCGCAGCCGCAGCGAGCAGUACCAUCUGAACAACUCGGCCUAUGGUCCAUUUGGCCCAGCUCUUCCCCACCCCCACAGUAACCACAGUCUGGCGCGACUUAACAAAUACACCUCACUGAAGGCCGUGGCGGACACGGCGGCGGGCCACUACUACAGGAGCUACCCGCUGAUGGACUUCUCUCAGUACCAAGCUUCAGCCGCGGCCCCCGACCCGCUACUGCGCAACACAGAGAAGUCCUUUCUCCACCCGGCUCCGCACGGCCAGCACCCCCCCCACACCCCGCUCUCCAUCUCCAUCCCCCCUGAUCAACUGGAGCACGCCCACCUGCCCAAGGCCACCUCCCACCCCGCCUCCAUCUCCAGCUCGGCUUUCAGAGCCUGGGAGCCGCACAGCCGGCAGGUCCAGAGGCAGGCGUCUGCGCCCGGCCGUGCCUCCAUCCCCUGCAGUGGGGUGUACCCCUCCUCCCGCAGGCAGGCCUACUCCACCAGGAGGCAGCAGAGCAUAGAGAACCUGCCCGAUCUGUUCACCCAGCCCUACGCCGGGGCCUACCGCGGGGGCAUGGUGGGGGGCCACGCUCAGCAGCAGGAGUACCAGGGGUCUGCUCAGCCCCCUUACUACCACCCCCACCACACCCGGCACAAGAGCUGCUCCACCCAUAGCAAGACGGAGGUGACUGUGUGAGGGGAGGAGGCUGGCACCACAGGGGGGCCGUCGCCGGAGGGCUAGCCCCUACAGGGGUGAUGAAAGAGAGUUGAUGGACGGAGAACCUCAAUGUUGAGGUACUGAAGCUAAAGAUAGCUGGCUAGUAGAGGACAGAAGGCACAGAAUGAGAGAU